UAGAUCGAUGUGGUGCUCCUGAGUUCUCUUCGGGCCAGGGCCUAAGCCGCGCCAGGCGAGGGACGGACAUUCAUGGCGAAUGGCGGCCGCUCUUCUCGUUCUGCCAGCGGGCCCCUCGUCUCUCCACCCUAUCCGUAUUCCGGUGGUGUAUGGAAGGCAGGGGUGCGGCUCUCCGGCCCGAGCACUGACCCGCGCGCACUUCUCGCAGUGGUUCGCGUGGUCCUCGUGGAUCGCUUGCCCAUCUUCCCCGAGCCGGGGAAUGUUGGCUGGUGGCGAUGCAUAUCCUUCCCGUCUGGUGUGUGCACGCGUGCUCUGCUUCUUGCAGGCCUCGAGGUGCUCCUGGAUCGUUCCAGGUUUUGCCCCCUAGGUGCCCGCUUCUGAGUUGGUGGUGGCGCUUCCCGUUCCCUGGCGUGCCUCCCGUGCUCCGUCUGGCUGUGUGCCUUCCCGUUUGUGUCCGAGAAGCCCAUGAAAGGGGGGUCGAGGAUUAGAGGAAGGGCGGU